AAAACGAAAAAGACAAAGGGAGACGAGAGACAAGAAGAAGGAAUCAAGAAGAAGGAGGGAGAAACCAGGAAGAAACAACACCUCCCUUUCCUCGUUCGCUUCACUUAUAUCCUGAAGACAAAAGACAAGGAAAAGGAUAAACGAAUAAAAAGGAAAGACAAAGCAGGAUGAGCAGAGUGCGAGACGCGUCCGGCGUUGACAACCCUGGCUUCCGGAGUGAGCCGGGGGACGUGGUCGUUCCCCUCGAGACGGCGUCGGAGCGUCUCACUUACUCCUGGGAGAACCUGAACAUCUUCGCCAGCGUGACCCAAGGCUGCGGGAGGAAGAAGAAGGUGACGGAGAAGCACAUUCUGAAGGAUGUGACGGGCAUCUGUCGCCCCGGAGAGCUGCUGGCCAUCAUGGGCGCGUCGGGGGCGGGGAAGACCACCCUCCUCAACGCCCUCACCUUCAGGAGUGAUGCCGUCCUCAAGAUCAAAGGUUCCCUCUACGUGAACGGCAGGAAGGUGACCCCCACGCUGCUGACGAGCCGUUCAGCCUACGUUCAGCAAGACGACCUGUUCAUUGGGACGAUGACGGUCAAGGAGCAGCUGGUUUUCCAGGCCAACCUUCGAAUGGACAAGGACAUUCCGACACACAGGAGAAUGCAGAGGGUGGAGGAAGUGAUGAAAGAGCUAAGUCUGGUCAAGUGCGCGGGGACCCUGAUCGGCAUCCCUGGGCGCAUUAAGGGCAUCUCGGGCGGAGAAACCAAGCGCCUGGCCUUUGCUUGCGAGAUGUUAACGAAUCCUCCCCUCAUGUUCUGCGACGAACCCACGACAGGCCUCGAUUCCUUCAUGGCCAGGAACAUCGUGCAGGCCAUGAGGAACAUGGCCCAGCACGGCAAGACCAUUAUUUCGACCAUACAUCAGCCCAGUUCGGAGGUGUUCGAGCAGUUCGACCGCGUGCUCCUGAUGGCCGAGGGUCGAGUGGCGUUCCUCGGCUCGACGGAAGGGGCUCUCGACUUCUUCAAGGGCCUGGGCCACCACUGCCCCGAGAACUUCAACCCGGCGGACUUCUUCAUCUCGACGCUCGCCAUCCAGCCCGGGAAGGAGGACGAGUGCAGGGGCUUCGUGGCCCAGGUCUGCGAUACCUUCUCGGCGAGCACGGCGGGGCGGGAGGUGGCGGGGGCGGCCGUGAUCAACGCCAAGUCCUCGGGGGCGAACGCUGUGGGCGGCGCUGAUUACGUGGAGAUACGCAAGUCCCCCUACAAGGCCAGUUGGGGAGAGCAGUGCAAGGCGGUGUUCAAGAGAUCAGCCAUGGAGAACAUUCGAGAACCGAUGGUGUUGAGAGUCAAGCUGUUCCAGACACUGCUGAUCUCGCUUUUGGUGGGACUAAUCUAUUUCGACCAAGAAAACGACUAUAUUGGUGUUUCCAACAUCAACGGCGCAAUAUUUUUACUUCUCACUCAGAUGAGCUUUAGCAACACCUUCGGAGUGGUGAAUGCCUUCUGCGCCGAGCUCCCAGUUUUCCUCCGCGAGCAUUUCAACGGCAUCUAUCGCGUCGACGUCUAUUACCUGAGCAAGAACCUGGCGGAGCUGCCCUUCGGGAUCGUGCUGCCCUUGAUCUUCACGGCCAUAAUGUACUUCAUGGUGGGGAUGAAUCCGCUGGUCGAGAGGUUCUUCGCCACCGUCGGGAUCCUCAUGCUGGUGGCCAACGCGGCCGUGUCCUUCGGCUACAUGAUCUCGUGUCUGUCGAAGGAUGUGAACGUGGCGCUGGCUCUCUCGGCGCCGCUGCUCAUCCCCCUAAUGCUGUUUGGCGGAUUCUUCCUCAAUUCACAGUCGGUUCCCUGGUACUUCAUCUGGAUCAAGUACCUUUCCUGGUUCAACUACGGCAACGAGGCCCUGAUCAUCAACCAGUGGGCCGGCAUCGAGAACAUCACCUGCGCGGAGGACAGUGCCAACGGGACCACCUGUGCCACCACUGGGGAGCAGGUUAUCGCCAAUCUGGGGUAUAGCAAGGAUAACAUGGGCUUGGACAUCGGCAUCCUGUUCGCCCUCAUCGUGGGAUACCGUCUUGUGGGAUUCCUGCUCCUGCUGGCCAAGACCUCGAGGAAGGGAGUCAAGAGUGUGGAAUAGAGGUCUUUGCUCUCAUUGCCUUUGCACGCGUCAUUGCUAUUCAUCUUAUGGUUUUGUUUUUCUGUUAUUAUUUAUUUAUUUAUUAUUAUUAUUAUUAUUAUUAUUAUUAUUAUUAUUAUUAUUAU